AUGGCCUUGCACAGGCCGGUGCUCGCGCGGCCACCGCGAUGCAGGCGGACGCCGCGGGCGCCACCGUGCGCAAAAGCUCACCCGCCGCGACGCGCGAGAGCGACGCCCCGAACCUCGUCCAGGCCGGCGCCCCGAAGAGCGCCGGCGGGAGCGCCGCCACGCGCGACGCCGCGCGGCUUGCACCGGCCGGCUCCGGGGACGACGCCAGUAAGGUGAGCCCGGUUCCUCCACGUAGAGGCAGCGGCCUUGCUCCGUCCGGCUCCGGCGUGAGCGCAGACGACACAAUGCAGACGGUCGCCGCGUGCGAGAGCGCCGCCGCCGUCGCAUGGCGAGAUUCCCAGGCCGCGACGCGCCGUGGCGUGGACGCCAUUGACCUCGGCCCGGCUACGGGACGGGAAGCCGCUUGCCCUCCGAAGGCCAGGGCUCCCCCGAAAGCCAGUAAUGAGCAUGUGCUCCAGAAGCAGCACAUGUCCAAGCACAUCCCGAGGAAUCAUGGCGGCCGCCCGGCUGGUUUCUGGCCUGUGCCUGAAGCACAGGCCGCGGCUGCUCAGUGGAGAGGCGGUCGAGGGUCAGCUGCCGAAGGUCUGCGGGGAGACGGCAGCAGGAGCAAGGGCAACGCCAAGGGGAAACCGCCCAAGUUCAAGUUCUGCAACAUGUGCGGAUGCAGGGGCCAUUUGGCCGAAAAUUGCCGCACGGCGAAGCACCGGGUCGCCCUGUACCAGAGGGCCGAGGAGGAGGAGAAGAACCAGAUCUGCUACAGGUGUGGAUGCACAGGCCACUGGUCUCGCAAGUGCCGCACGCCCAAGCACCUCGUCGACCUCUAUCAAAAGGAUCGAGCGGCCAAACGUGCGGCGGCACGGGGCGCCGCUUCGUCUUAAUGGAGUAACAUCAGAUGGAGAUGGCAAUUAUGGUUAGACCAGUCUCAAUGGAAGUGUUAUAGUAGUGUUAUGGGCAUUAAAUUUGGUAACAAACUUUUUAUGAA